AUGAAGUUCUCUUUCGGAAUCGCAGCCGUUCUGCUAGGCGCUUCGUCAGUUGUCGUUGCUGCACCUACUGAGCACCAGUCUGCUAGUGGUCUCGUGGUGGACCUCAACGACAAGGCUCUGUCCGCACUCAAGAACUCCGAGGCGAAGCUCACGGAGCGAUCUGGAACAAAGAAAUGCACAACCACCAAUGCCAAGGUGCGCCGUGACUGGAAAGCACUUUCCAAGAAGGAGAGAAAGGCCUAUAUCGAUGCUGUUCUUUGCCUUCGUGAGAAACCCUCCAAGGCUGAUCCAUCCUUUGCGCCUGGUGCCCGUACUAGAUAUGAUGACUUUGUGGCGGUUCAUAUCAACCAGACUUCCAGCAUCCACGCAACUGGAAACUUCUUCACGUGGCAUCGAUAUUUCGUGUAUGCCUAUGAGAAGGCCCUUCGCGAUGAGUGCGGUUUCAAGGGCACGCAACCUUACUGGAACUGGUUCGAGACUGGCAAUGUCAGCACCAACCCUCUUUUCGAUGGCUCCGAGACCAGCAUGGGUGGUGAUGGCAAGUAUUUCAAGCAUAACGGCACCAAGUCCUCCAACCCUGCGGGAGACAUUGUCCUACCAAGCGGCGAAGGCGGUGGGUGCAUCGAAUCUGGGCCCUUUGUCGGAGCCGUAGCCAACCUUGGACCGCCGGCACCCGGCAUGUCCGGCAUGAUUCCGUCUAAAACUCCCCUCGGAUACAACCCUCGCUGCCUUCGUCGCGAUCUGAACCAGUACCCUAUCGACAACUGGAUGACGCUACCCAACCUGUACAAUGUCACCGUUGGAGAGGCUUCGCGUAGCAUCAAGGAUAUGCAGACUGAGUUCCAGGGACGUUUUGGCGAUGGUUUCCUGGGUGUUCAUGCGGCUGGCCACUUUGUCAUGGGUGGUGACUCGUCUGACUUUUAUUCUUCCCCGAAUGAGCCUGUUUUCUGGCUGCACCACGCCAUGGUCGACCGUAUCUAUUGGAUCUGGCAAGCUCUGCAUCCUAAGCAGGCGAGGGAUAUCUCUGGUACUCUGACCAUCGAAAACAGACCUCCUAGCAGAGAUGCCCUCAAGUCUGAUCCACUAGAUGUAGGAGUUAAUGCCGAGUCAAUCACUAUUGAUGAAGCGCUUGAUACUCUUAGCAGCUCGCCUUUUUGCUACAUUUACGAAUAG